GAGCAGAGGUGAAGCUGGAGGAUGCCCACUCCCCGGUGCAUUCCCAGGCACUGUCCCUUGCCCAAGCGAGCAGCGCUGUUCCCCAGAUCCCCCCUGCCCCAGCUCUGAGCACCUGCAGGGUGGCUUGCAAAUCCUCAGGCUCCCAUCCCGCCGCUCAGUGGCAGCAGAGGCUGAAGUGGGUGUCCCAAUUAAUGGAUUCUGACAUGGAUUAUGAGAGGCCAAACGUAGAAACUAUCAAGUGUGUCGUGGUUGGGGACAACGCAGUGGGCAAGACCCGUCUCAUUUGUGCCCGCGCCUGCAAUGCCACGCUGACCCAGUACCAGCUUCUCGCCACCCACGUGCCCACGGUCUGGGCCAUUGACCAGUAUCGUGUUUGCCAGGAGGUGCUGGAGCGCUCCCGAGAUGUGGUGGAUGAUGUUAGUGUGUCCUUGCGACUCUGGGAUACCUUUGGGGAUCACCACAAAGAUAGACGCUUCGCUUACGGAAGGUCUGAUGUCGUGGUUUUAUGCUUCUCCAUUGCUAACCCGAACUCCCUGCACCAUGUUAAGACCAUGUGGUACCCAGAGAUCAAGCACUUCUGCCCCCGAGCACCUGUCAUCCUCGUGGGCUGCCAGCUUGACCUUCGCUAUGCUGACUUGGAAGCAGUCAAUCGAGCCAGACGACCCUUGGCCAGGCCAAUCAAACCCAAUGAGAUUCUGCCACCAGAGAAGGGGAGGGAGGUGGCCAAGGAGCUGGGCAUCCCCUAUUACGAGACCAGCGUGGUAGCCCAAUUCGGCAUCAAGGACGUCUUUGACAACGCCAUCCGGGCCGCCCUCAUCUCCCGCCGGCACCUGCAGUUCUGGAAGUCCCACCUCCGCAACGUCCAGAGGCCGCUGCUCCAGGCCCCUUUCCUGCCUCCCAAGCCACCCCCCCUCAUCCUGGUCCCAGACCCCCCUUCCAACAAUGAGGAGCGCCCGGCCCACCUGCUGGAGGACCCACUGUGUGCAGAUGUCAUCCUAGUCCUGCAAGAGAGGAUCAAAAUUUACGCCCACAAGAUCUACCUCUCCACCUCCUCCUCUAAGUUCUACGACCUGUUUCUGAUGGACCUGAGUGAGGAGGACCAGCAGGGUGUGGCUGGGGGCAGUUCUGGGGCCACGGCUGCCACCGAGCGGAUGCUGCACCAGGAGGAGAGGCACCACGGGCGCGACUUCCUCCUCCGAGCCGCCAGCUUCGACAUCUGCGAAAGCACUGAGGAGUUCAGCUCCAGCCAGCGUCCACCGUGCCUUAGAGCCUCCACCAGCGAUGGGAUCCUGCGAGGCAACAGCUACGAGAAAGGGCAGCGCGGGCUGAGGCGGGGAAGGAUCCUAUCCUCCUGGAGCCGUGCCUUCGUCAGCAUCCAGGAGGAGAUGGCCGACGACCCCCUGACCUACAAGUCCCGGCUCAUGGUGGUGGUGAAGAUGGAUCCUUCCAUCCAGCCGGGGCCCUUCCGGGCGGUGCUCAAGUACUUGUACACGGGGGAGCUGGACGAGAACGAGCGGGACCUCAUGCACAUUGCCCACAUCGCUGAGCUGCUGGAGGUCUUCGACCUCAGGAUGAUGGUGGCCAACAUCCUGAACAACGAGGCAUUCAUGAACCAGGAGAUCACCAAAGCCUUUCAUGUCAGGAGGACCAACCGCGUGAAGGAAUGCCUGGCCAAGGGGACUUUCUCUGAUGUCACCUUCAUCCUGGACGACGGGGCUAUCAGUGCCCACAAGCCCUUGCUCAUCUCCAGCUGCGACUGGAUGGCUGCUAUGUUUGGGGGUCCGUUUGUGGAGAGCUCUACCCAAGAGGUGGUGUUCCCUUACACCAGUAAGAGCUGCAUGCGGGCUGUUCUCGAGUACCUGUACACCAGCCAGUUCAGCUCCAGCCCGGACCUCGACGACAUGAAACUCAUCAUCCUGGCCAAUCGGCUGUGUCUGCCGCACCUGGUGGCUCUCACAGAGCAGUACAUGGUGGCGGGCCUGAUGGAGGCAUCGCAGAUGUUGGUGGAUAUCGAUGGGGACGUCCUCGUGUUCCUGGAAUUGGCACAGUUUCACUGCGCGUACCAGCUUGCAGACUGGUGCCUUCAUCACAUCUGCACCAACUACAACAACGUCUGUCGGAAGUUCCCCCGGGAUAUGAAGGCCAUGUCAGCAGAGAACCAAGAGUACUUUGAGAAGCACCGCUGGCCGCCGGUCUGGUACCUGAAGGAAGAGGAUCACUACCAGCGGGCCAAGAAGGAGCGCGAGAAGGAAGACUACCUCCACCAGAAACGGCAGCCCAAGAGGAGGUGGCUUUUCUGGAACACCUCCUCUCCCCCUUCCUCAUCAGCAGCCACAGCCUCCUCCUCCUCCUCAGCUGUGGUUUGACAGCCCCCCCAUCGCCCUCGCCCCAGCGUCCCUGUGAGAAGGUGGCGGCCGACCGACUCCUACCAGCAUCUGGUCCACCAGGCUUGAAGUAGACACCACCAGCUAAGCCCUUCAGUGGAGAACGUGGAAAGAGAGUCCUUGGUAGGGUGGGCGCAUGCGAUACAGGGGGGCUCAGGACUUUGAGCCCCUGGAUCCCCUUAGGAGUUCUCCAGGGUCCUGCUCCCUGCUGUAGUUGCUCUGGUUGGAGACAAAGACUGGGUGGCUUUCAGAGCAGGGCCCCCACCACGGGGUGGCUGGCAUGCCGAAGGCUUUGCAGAGACUUGGUAGUAGGAGAACCUCACAUUUACCGGAGCGUGAGCCUUCUUUGGUUUUAAAAACAAUAUUCUACAAGGAGAAAAAUGAAAUUCCUUCAGGUUCUGCUUUUAUUUUUUAACUGGAGGUUGUGUCUUGUUUUGUCCAAUGGCAACUCAUGCCUGGGACAUUUCAAACCACAGCAGGAACAUGCCCCGAGGUUUCCGCUGGGGCUCAUUUGACAGGGAGCAGCCCGUUUCUCUUCGCACUUACUGGCCUGGCUCUGGACCAUUUGCUUAGGCAAGGCACGUCUCCUGGGACCAGCCUAAGCCUGUACAACCUUCCAGGAGAGCCCCAUGGACACCCAAGCAGCUUCAGCCUGGGAAUCGGUCUUGCUUUGUUGCAGGUGGGGAGUAUCUUCACCAAGCAGCCAGCUCCUCGACUGAGCGAGAGCCCCACCCCCAUCCUCAGCCUUCCUUCCUACUUCGCAAGCUCUCCCAGGAGGAUGUGGCAUUUAACAAUCCCAGCUGGAGUCGGCUGAGGUUCUGUGAAGAGGCUGCAGGUUUAGCCAGGGCCAGGUGGGGAGCAUGAGCUGAGAAAAGUUUUGGGACAGACUGCUUCUGCACCAGUGUGGGACCCCAGACUCUGACUUCUUUUUAAAAAACCCCGCACACACACCCCCAACUCUCAGUGGUUGGGAUUUGAGCUCUGAAGGCUCCAUUGUAAUAAAUGGUAUUUUAAAGACCAGCAUGGUUCCUGUGUGUUUGGAAAGAAGCAGGUGCUGCUUAGGAAGGCAGGGCUCACCUGCCCCUGUGGAUAUCACUGACUAAUCCCUCCCCCAUGCCCCCACCUAGCCAGCCACACACCUGGCAAAGCCACAGACUGGCUGGAGGUCAUUGAAGGCAAAGCAGCUGAGCACCACCACUCACAUGAAACAGUUUAAGAGCAGAGCCGUCGAUCAACCUCACGCAGGCAAAGCUCCCAUUGAAGUCAGCAGGAGUUUUGCUACAGAGCUGCCUAAUACUAUUUAGCAGGCUCCAUCCAGAGAGGCACAGAGCAGCGGUUUGCUCUGAAUCCAAAUCAGGCAGAAAACUCCUUGCCAAGGAGCCAGCCUCUAGUCUGGUGCCCUCUCCAAUUGAGGGUGGUACCUCAGGGCCUGCAGUCAGGGCAACAAGGCAAAGGGAGAGAACAUGUGUGCUUUGGCAUGGUCAUCUCUUUUGAUAAAGGGAGCAUCCGGAACCUGUCCUGGCCCAUCCCAACAGCUGUUAAAGGAAGAGCUGUCCCACAGAGCAGCUUUGGAGGAUGCUAGUUUCAUAUACAGGUGUCUUGAGGGAUCAUCUUUAAAAUAUAUUUUUACACUUAAGUGGGGUGACUCAGCUCCCCACCAGAGGGCAGGGACAGUUGCAGAGCUGUGUGCAUUUUCCACUCAACGCCCCACCUGGAGCAGAGGGCCAAUUCCCCUGCUACGAGUCAUAUCCACCUCCACAAGGCGGGGCUGCACCCCGAGCAGUAACUGACAAGGGAAUGUGGUAGGUAGUGUGGAAUUAGGGUCUGAUCUAACAGCCAUGCAUUCAGGGGGAGUUUUUCCUAGCUGGGUCAGGGUCAUUAGCCUUAAUGUUGCUGGUGACAGCUAAAAUGGAAUCAGGGAGCUCUGAGGGCAACAAUCCUCUUGAUGCGCUCUGGCAGCAUGAGACCUUUCAGGAGGUGGGCAAGAGCAGGAUGAGGUAGUCCAUUCCAUCUCUGUACCAAGGCAGAAGGGUCAUUUAUUCCUUUGCUGGUCCCCUCCCCGAGAGGGGCACUUAUCUUGUGCACAUCAAAAGGGCAGGUCUGCUUCCACCUCCCAUUAAGACCCCACUUCAGCAUUUGUCCAAGGCAGUGCUUUGUGCACACAAAGAAAAAUUCAACCCGGUGCCCAAUGGCAUACUAACCUUAGGAGCCAGCCUCUCCUUUUGCAAUGAUGGGGAAGUCAGGGGGAUACAGAACCCAGAUCUCUCCCUCUGGUUGUGUCUGAUUAGAGGGAUGCCAACCUUUCCUUGGAAGCCAGACCUGUGUUGAGCUCGCCAGGGUGCAGUUUCUCUGCAACCUGGCUUGGUGGAGAUGCAGUGAUAUAUCAACAGAGCAUUACUGCUGGCUUUGACACUACACAAAUCUAUCAAGGAGGCCCCACUUCCACCCCCAGAUGCCAAAAGCUUAUUACAGUGGAUAACUUUGCUUCUGCCUGGCCAAUGUUGGUUUUGACACAAAAUGAGGUCGGUCUGGGGUAGGUGCCACUGAAGGUCUGAUGAUCCUUUGCAGUGCACCUGGUGUAAUUUACAUGUGCACCAUAUGGAUGUUAAAUGUUAGCAAGUGUGAAUGGUCAGGAGACUUGGGGGGGUCAUUUGCAUAUGAAUCUCAUUGGUUAGUGGAGAAAUACCCAGGAGCAAGCGUUUGCUCUGCUGUGGUUGCUGCCAUGAAGGGGAAAAACCACUGUGGAAGGAUCAUAACAGCCACAAUGAACUGUAGACCAGAUGAUGUAAACAUGUGACUUCACUCCAGUUAGAGCUAUGUAGAUACACACCAACUCGAUCUCCAUUAAAACCCAGACCACUAAGUCAACAUUGUGGCUGAAGGCUGCGGUGGGCCGGAGGGAGAGAGACUAGAAGAGAAACUACAGCAUAUAAAAAGUUUAUUCUUUCUUCAUUCAAGUCAUGUAUAAAAAACUGGAAAUACUUAAAAAAAACUGGCUGGGCCAGAGCUCUGUAUAAACAACUACCACACACAGGAAAAAGGAAAAAAAAAAUCCUAUUUUUAUAUUACCUUUCAAGUUAAUUUACAUUUAAAAUUCCUAAUAAAUACAUAAAUAUGG